ACCCGCACAGCCAUGAUGCCCUCAGGUCGCUUGCUCGGCUUCCUUGUCACCCUCUCCCUGACUGGUGUCCUAGACAUGAAGCCAGCCCAUGAGUCGCUGAAGCCACAGAGAGUACAUUUUCAGUCCCGAAAUUUUCACAAUAUUUUGCGUUGGCACCCUGGGCAGGCCUGCUCCAACAAUGGCAGUCUCUAUUUUGUGCAGUAUAAAGUGUAUGGAGAGAAAGAAUGGAAAAAUAAAGAGAAAUGUUGGGGUAUUCAAGACUUAUUUUGUGACCUUACCAAUGAAACAUCAAAUAUACGGGAACCUUAUUAUGCAAGGGUGAUGAGGAACUCAAAUGGCAUCAACUCAAGCUGGGUUAUGACUAAGAGGUUCAUCCCUUGGUGGGAAACCAAAAUAGGUCCUCCAGUCAUAAAUAUAACCCAAAUUAAUGGAUCUUUGUUGGUGAUUCUCCAUGCUCCAAGUUCACCAUAUAGAGACCCAAAAGGGGGAAAUGUAACGAUGGAAAAUUACUAUAAGCUAGAAUACCGAGUCUUUAUAAUGAACAAGUUACUAGAAAAGGAGCAAAUAAAAUAUGAAGGAGCUCACAGAAUUGUUGAAAUUGAAGCUCUAACAACCGGGACUGGCUACUGUGUAACAGCUGAAAUAUACCAGCCCCUGUUAGGCAGACAAGGUCCCAGAAGUGAAAGGAGAUGUGUGCAGGUCCCUUGAAGUGGUGUGGAGUGUUGCACGAUAUUGAGGUCUCUGAGAAGGGACCACUGGUUUUCAAAAGAGCUCAUUGGAAGACACUAUAUUCUCUUCAUGCAUUGUCUACUACUAUGCUUCAAGGGCUUCUUUGCUUAUUCAUUCUUCUUCCUAUUUUAUUUGUAAACAAAAUUUAAG